AUGUCCGACCCCCGCCCCGUUAAGGCCUUUGGCCUGACGCAGGUGUACGUCCCCCGCGGAGACCCCACGGUGGAUAUCGUCUUCGUUCACGGCCUCAACGGUCACCCCCGAGACUCGUGGACGAGCAAGUCGGGCUGUUUCUGGCCCGUUGAUCUGCUGCCAGAUGUAUUGGCCCCGUUGCGCCCGCGCAUCUUGACGUAUGGCUAUAAUGCGAACGUCACGGCCUUCACAGACGGCGCAUCGCGCGAUUCCAUCGUCAGCCAUGCGGAGACGCUGGCGUCCAGUUUGGCAGCUAAUCGCAAUCUCCGAAGCUGCUCCGAUCGCCCCAUCAUCUUCGUCUGCCAUUCCCUCGGCGGUCUGGUCGUCAAACGCGCCCUGAUAUAUUCCCGAAGUCUCUCAAAUGAGAAAACAGAACAUCUCCGCUCCGUCUACGUCUCAACAUUUGGCAUCCUAUUCCUCGGCACUCCCCACAACGGCUCCGACAUUGCCAAAUGGGGCCUGUUGUUACACAACAUCUGCAGCGCCGUUCUGCCCAAGAAAUUUAUGGAGUCGUCGCCGCAGCUAGUCAAGGCCCUGCGCACCAAUAACGAGACACUCCAGCACAUCAACAGCUUAUUCGCCGAUGUCAUGAGUCGUUUUCAUAUUUACUUCUUCCACGAGACCCGCUCAACCGACGUCCGUGGAACACGGGAGGUCAUCGUUGAUGAGGCGUCUGCCGCUCCCUACUUCGAGGGGGUGGAGCGAAUGGGCAUCGAAGCGGACCACAGCCAUAUGUGUAAAUUUGAGGAUGAAAAUUCUCCCGGCUAUGAGGUCGUCGCCGAGGCUCUUCUACGUUACUCACGUCUAGCUCCGUCACUGAUUUCCGAUCGCUGGGUUGAAGAGAGGAAGACCCGAACUUUGGAAAAGAAGGCCAAGGCUCGAGAAAUCUACGACGGUAGGCCAUACCUCUCCCAGGCGCCAGGCGUCUCAGUCUCGUCAUCAUCGACGCUGACAAGUAUCACAGGAUCCGAUGAUCCGGCUGGUCGAAGCUUGCCGGAUCUUAACACUGGUAGGGCAUUGCUUUCCCUUCCUUCACCGGAAGAGUCGGUUACUCUGAGAGAUUAUGAGAUCGAGGAGCCUCCUGUGUGA